AGAAAAAUAUUUUCGCACUGAUUGUCAUUAUUCUAGGGUUUUGAGUUUCCGAUUUUUUUAUUAGUAUAUAUACUAAAAUGUGUUCCAUUUAUUCGUAUCUGAACUUUUCAAUUUUAGAAGCAAAUUUGCAUAUUCAAUUGGAAGUUUUGAGUGUUCCAAGCUUCUGGAUGAGUGGAUUUCUUGAUCAUUUGGUGGAAAUAAUGGCAGUAUUUAGAAAUAGUCAGAAGCUUGGAAACCGAAUUUAUGAUAAUGGAGUUGUUUCCACUCAUUUCCUUUGAUACAGAUUCUUGUGAUGCUGCUACUCUAUUUGUAGGUUCUAAAUUUGAAGAGGUCCGCAUUUGUCGGCAUGGGGGACUUGUCGAGCGAGGAGCUUAGCAAUACACUUCGAGUACUUGUUGCUACAGAUUGUCAUCUGGGUUACAUGGAGAAAGAUGAAAUAAGGAGGCAUGAUUCGUUCCAGGCAUUUGAAGAGAUUUGCUCAAUUGCAGAGCAGAAGGAGGUGGAUCUUUUACUUCUUGGUGGUGAUCUUUUCCAUGAGAAUAAGCCCUCAAGGACAACGUUAGUUAAGGCCAUUGAGAUUCUACGCCGUCAUUGUCUGAAUGAUCGGCCAGUACAGUUCCAAGUUGUUAGUGACCAGACUGUGAAUUUUGCGAACUCAUUUGGUCAUGUUAAUUAUGAGGAUCCACACUUUAAUGUUGGAUUGCCAGUAUUCAGUAUUCAUGGAAACCAUGAUGAUCCUGCUGGAGUGGAUAACCUUUCUGCUGUUGAUAUUCUUUCGGCAUGCAAUCUUUUAAAUUACUUUGGUAAAAUGGUUCUUGGGGGCACUGGUGUUGGUCAGAUCACUCUCUGCCCUAUUCUUAUCAGGAAGGGUUCAACAUCUGUUGCUCUUUAUGGUCUUGGGAAUAUUAGAGAUGAACGACUCAAUAGAAUGUUUCAGACACCUCAUGCUGUACAAUGGAUAAGACCUGAAGCUCGUGAGGGGUGUCAAGUAUCGGAUUGGUUUAACAUUCUGGUGCUUCAUCAGAACAGAGUAAAGACAAACCCUAAAAAUGCCAUAAAUGAACACUUCUUGCCACGUUUCCUGGACUUCAUUGUAUGGGGGCAUGAACAUGAAUGCCUUGUUGACCCUCAGGAAGUUCCUGGGAUGGGAUUUCACAUUUCACAACCUGGUUCUUCAGUUGCUACAUCACUAAUUGAUGGAGAAUCAAAGCCAAAACAUGUGCUUCUCUUGGAAAUUAAGGGGAAUCAGUAUCGUCCAACCAAGAUACCUUUGACAUCAGUGAGGCCUUUCGAGUAUACAGAGAUUGUAUUAAAGGAUGAACCUGAUGUUGAUCCCAAUGAUCAAAACUCAAUUCUUGAACACCUGGACAAAGUGGUGAGAAAUCUGAUAGAAAAAUCAGAUAAAAAGGCUGUUAACAGAUCAGAGGUUAAACUUCCAUUAGUCCGAAUAAAGGUCGACUAUUCUGGUUUUAUGACUAUUAAUCCGCAAAGGUUUGGACAGAAGUAUGUGGGAAAGGUUGCAAACCCUCAAGACAUCCUUAUAUUUUCAAAGGCUUCAAGAAAGGGUCGAUCUGAAGCUAAAUUUGAUGAUUCUGAGCGGCUUCGCCCUGAAGAACUUAAUCAGCAAAACAUAGAGGCUUUAAUUGCCGAAAAUAAUUUGAAAAUGGAGAUUCUUCCUGUCAAUGAUCUGGGUAUCGCAUUGCACAAUUUUGUUAAUAAGGAUGAUAAAAUGGCUUUUUAUUCUUGUGUGCAAUACAAUCUCGAGGAAACACAGAACAAAAUUGCCAAGGAUUCUGAUACUUUGAAAUUUGAAGAGAAAGAUCUGAUUCUUAAAGUUGGAGAAUGCUUGGAGGAAAGGGUCAAGGAAAGGUCCACAUGCUCCAGGGAUAGCGUACUAUUCACUUCCACUUCUCAGUCCUUAGAGGAUUUAAGAAAAAAAAGUACUAGUGGAAUUGGAAAUGCAAUUUCCUUCAGCGAUGAUGAAGAUACAACACAGAUAUCUGGCUCAAAGUCUACUGCUAGAGGCAGGAAGGGGUCAUCCAGGUCAUCUGUUGGUACUUCAGAACUAGAUACAGGUAAAACAUCAACAAGAGGAAGAGGCAGGGGCAGGGGAAGGGGCAGGGCUUCCAGCAUUAGCUUAAAGCAGACAACUCUGGAUGCAGCUCUGGGGUUUCGCCAAUCUCAGAGAUCUGCAUCUGCUGCUGCAAAUGCUGCACUUCGAAGUGUUGCAGAGGAUGGGGAUAAUGUGGAUUCUCCUUCAAGUGAAGAGGCAGAGAGACUUGGGAUUAAUGAGGCUGAUGACAGUUCGGAAAAUGAUGAAAGUAUCCUAGGGAAAGGAAGCAAAAGGGCUGCUCCUAGGGGCAGAGGUAAAGGUUCGACACAAUCCUCUAAACGGGGGAGAAAAUCAGAUAACACUGCAUUUCAUCAAAUGUUUAUGAACAAAGAUGACGAUGACGAUGAUGAUGACAAUGUGGCUAAGAGAUUAAAAAAGUCUCAACCACGGGUUACAAGAAACUAUGGCUCUCUGAGAAGGUAAAUAGCAUUAAGAUGCAUCACCACACUUCUACAAGUGGGGUCAGUAGAAGUUUUAUUGUGGUGCAUGACCCAUAUACAAUUUGUUGGAACAUGGCAAGGAGCAAAGAGUGGAGAAUUUUUUUUAGGAAGUUUCUCUUAUAUUGGCAGCAAUGAGCGUGGUGAUCACAUUGUUCAUUAAAGUGCCAUCUCAGGAGGAAGAAAAUAGUACAAAGAUGAAAAUUUUCUAUUACAAAGAUGAAAUUUUUCUUGCAUGAUUUUCCGUUUUUCUGUCCCAGCGCUAGCAAAUUGCAAAUUUCUAUCCCUUGUAUAUCAGUAUGUACAUGUAAGUAGAAUGAAGUGACCUCUAUUUCUCUCAAUUGGCAUGCUGUCAAAAUGAAAUUACGUUGCACUGGACUA